CUCGGAAAAUUGAUCGGGGAUCCGAGAAACUCUGCGGGAUCAAGAAGAACUCGCAUUGGUCAAGCAAAAUCAGUUGAGGGCAACGAUUGGGAAGAAGACGAGAUGGAAGGAGAGGAAUCCAGGUGUGGGCGAUUCCAAGAAAUUAGGGCAAAAUCGGGAGUAUAAAAGAGGGGGAAAAGAAGGAGAAGGAGAAGGAAAGCCGUAAUUAAUUAACUCGGAAGCCCUAAUUAGUUGUUGGAUCGCAGAAAUGGCGGAUAGUAGCGGCGUAAGCGCAGAGGAAUGCGAGCGAGUGUUCAAGCGAUUCGACGCGAACGGCGACGGGAAGAUAUCGGCGACGGAGCUGGGAGACGCAUUGAAGGGGUUCGGAGUGAGCACUGAGGACGCGAAGACGAUGAUGGACGCCAUUGAUAAGGAUGGCGAUGGAUUCAUUUCGCUGGAUGAGUUCUCGGAUUUCGCCAAGGACAAUCGCGCCUUGAUGAAGGAUUUCGCCAAGGCCUUUUAGUAAUAAUAUAAUAUAAUAUAAUAUAAUUUCUUUUCUUUCUUUUUCUUCUUUUUGCUUCCAAUUUCUGACGAGAGAAAUAUGAUUAUAUGAGUACUGCCUGAGUCUGGCUGCAACGUUUUGUUUGUUUUUGUAUCACACACACACACACAUAUAUAUAUGUAUAUAUAUGUAUGUAUUGUGCUUCUCUUUGAUCAACCAUGCAAUUGUGCAAAUAUCAACUCUAUCUUGAAUUUUCGUUCGAA